AUGGUAAAGGCCACGGAUUCGCCUUUCACGGCGGUGGUACUUGAAUGCCCAGUAUCGUCAAAGUUUCGUUUACCUCAACUUGAGCCGUUCGACGGACUCAGGAACCCUCAGGAUCACCUUAAUACCUUCAAGACGACGCUAGGUCUCCAACAACCACCUGACAAGAUACUGUGUCGUUCCUUUCCCACCACUCUUAAAGGAGCCACAAGGGAAUGGUUCACAAAAUUGCCAACAUCGUCCGUUGACAACUUCGAGCAGUUGAGCAAUGCCUUCUUGCGUCACUUCAUAGGAGGGCAGCGCCUAAAGAGGCUAGCAGACCACUUACUCACCAUCAAGCAAGGGGAGAAGGAAACCUUAAGGUCAUAUGUAAAACGUUUUACUCGGGAGACCCUUGAGGUAGACGAAGCUUAUGACAAAGUACAACUAGCGACCUUCAAAGCAGGGCUGAGAUCCAGAGAUCUCGUGGCUUCACUAGCGAAGAAUCCUCUAAAGAUGAUGGCAAAAAUGCUCCUAAAAGCAUAUAAGUACAUGAAUGUCGAAGACACUUUAGCAACCAUAAAGGAUGUAGAGAAGCCAGGAGACAAAGGAAGAAGGGAUGAUGAGCGUAGGGGUCAAAAGGGGGAACGUCCAGAUCGUCGAAAUAAUGACAUGAACAGAAAAAAAGAUGAUAAAAGUCCUCGGACGGUAAGAUUUACUCCUCUAGUUAUGCCUGUUGACAAAAUUUUAAUUCAGAUUAAGGAUGAGCACUAUCUCAAAUGGCCAAGACCAUUACACUCAUCCCCUAACGUCCGUGAUAAGAACAAGUAUUGUCGAUUCCACAAGAAUCACGGCCACAACAUAAAAGAUUGUAGGGACCUAAAGGAGCAAAUAAAGGAGCUGAUACGAAAAGGAAAAUUAUAG